AUGCCUCCAAGCCCUUUUCUUGUUCUUUCCAUUUAUUUAUUGAAUUUCCUCAUUUUAUCUGCUUCAAAACCACUAACAAAACCCAUAAUUUCAAGCCCUAACUCAACUCAUUUUUCCAAGAAAAUUGAGGGGUUUGCAGAAUCCACAAGAAAUAGCAUAAAGUUGGAAUCUUUACAAAGAUCUCAGGUGAUUCUUAGUGGAAACAAAACUAUUUUUAGUGAAAACAGAACUUUUCAGCUGGGAUUUUUCACCCGAGGUCGUAAUGUUAGAUGUUACUUGGGCAUUGGGUAUGCUUCAAUCCCAACUCCCACGUAUGUUUGGGUUGCAAACCGUGAAAACCCCAUCAAGAAUUUGUCAUCAGCAACUGCGGAAAUCAGUGAAAAUGGAAAAUUAGUUGUAGUGGAUCAAGAUUCAAGAACCAUUUUGUGGGAAACAAGCAACGUGGAAAAAGCAAGUGAUUUGAAGCUUUUAGAGCAGGGAAAUUUAGUGUUGUUAAAUGAAGGGAAAAUUGUUUGGCAAAGCUUUGAUUUUCCUACUGACACGUGGCUGCCUGGGAUGAACUUGACAACUAAACAAUGGCUGACUUCUUGGAAGAGUUCAAGUGAUCCAGCUCCAGGAAGGUAUUCUGUGAGGUUGAACCCACCUUAUUAUGGUGAGAUUGCUCUUGUUUAUAGCAAUGUUAGUGUUGGUAAUAGCGAUUCUAAUUCAUAUACUUAUUGGACUACUGGUAAAUGGAAUGGAAAUUCAUUUGAUGGGGUGCCUGAAAUGACAAUUCCUUAUAUAUAUAAAUUCGAGUUCGUUAAUCCUUUUACUCCCAUGGCAGUUUUUGGGUACACUGAGGUAUCAAUAGAUAAGGGUGUGAAACCUCCCUUAACAAGGUUCGUUGUGGACCAUACGGGGCAGCUGAAGCAGUUCACUUGGUCGUUCCAGACCGAGUAUUGGAACAUGUUUUGGUCACAGCCUGAGAAUCCGUGUAGAGUAUAUGGAUUAUGUGGUAAUUUGGGGCUUUGCAGCGGUGGGCCGUCAAGUCCUUGUAAGUGCUUGAAUGGAUUUAGGCCGGUUAAUGAUGUUUCGUGGAAUGAGAGUGAUUUUUCGGAGGGUUGUCACCUGGAAGGUGAUGGGACUUGUGGUGAGAAUAAGGGGUUCAAGGAAGUAGGAGUGGUAAGUUACGAGGGGCCAAAAGUCGUGUCAUUUAGUGCUAGUAGGAGUAAGUGUGAAAGCGAAUGUUUGAGUAAUUGUUCGUGUGUUGGUUUGCUACACAACGUGAGGAGUAAUUUAUGCAAGAAUCUAUAUGGGUCUCUUUUUAACAUAUGGAAUCUUACUUUGGAUAGCACUAUUGAUGAUAAGUUAUAUGUGAAGGUGCAAAGAAAUAGCACUGGCAAAAAGAACAAGAAGAAGAUGGCUGUUUUCAUUGGAAUGAUUUGUGGGAUUCUCGUGAUUCUGAGUGUCGGAACUAUAAAUCUAUUGUACUUGAGGAGGAGAAAGAUUAAGAGAAGAAAGGGGGAUGAUGAUGGUGUUUUUCCUGUAACAAAUCUGAGGGUGUUUUCUUACAAGGAGCUUCAUGCUGUUACUGGGGGAUUUUCUGAGAAGCUCGGACAUGGAGGAUUUGGGGCGGUAUUUCGUGGGGAAUUAUCCGAUUCUUCACUAGUGGCUGUGAAAAGACUUGAAAGACCUGGUGGUGGGGAGAAGGAAUUUCGAGCAGAGCUCAUUGGGAGGGACUACAGCCGGGUUCUAGCAACCAUGAGGGGUACGUGGGGAUAUGUUGCACCUGAGUGGAUCUCUGGUGUGGCAAUUACCACAAAAGCUGACGUGUAUAGCUAUGGGAUGACAUUAUUGGAAUUGUUAGGUGGCCGCCGUAAUGUGGAGGGACCACCUUCGGCCGGUGGAGGUGGAAGUGGAGAUAGUGGUACUGAGAAAUGGUUCUUUCCACCCUGGGCAGCCCGCCAGUUAAUUGCUGGCAAUGUGACAGCUGUGGUCGAUGAGCGGCUCAGUAGCACAUAUGACAAAGCAGAGGCAGAGCGCGUAGGACUGGUGGCUGUAUGGUGCAUUCAAGAUGAUGAAUCAAUGAGGCCUACUAUGGGGAUGGUGGUGAAAAUGCUGGAAGGUGUAGUCGAGGUGGCUGUUCCGCCACCGCCAAAGCUGAUUCAAGCAUUAGUUUCCGGUGACUCGUUCAGAGGGGUCGGCGAUAGGGUAUCUCACAGGGAUGCACCGGGAAGUUCUGAUGAUAAUGUCCUAACUUCCAUAGAUCUCAAGGAUUCUCAAUCAUCUUUAUAA